AUAGAAAAGUUACGGGAAGUGUCACACAAGGGCUGCCCAGGAACAUAGCAAUUUGGUUUACCAGGAUAAUUAUAUUUAGUUCUUUAAUGUUCAGUUCUUGCGGAUUUUGUGUGUGUGUGUUUAAGGAAGGCAAACAUUUGGCCUCAUUUAUUCCAUCCUGUGAGGAGGCUUUGUGGUGUUUUCAGUUAACAGUUACCUUGGCUGUAAGAGGUUCAAGAUUAAAAGGUCAUUUACAUUCUCAUUCUGAAAAUGAUAGUUGACACAGAUUUGUACUUUCAUAAAUUACAAAAAGUGAUAGAAAGUAAUAUUACGUUAACCAAGCAGACCAGGUUUCCUACUGCUUGGUUAACGUAAGACAUGAAGCAUGAAAACCUAGGCAUGUUUGUUUAUUUUACUACAUUUCUAUCCCAUUUUCCGUCAUGGAACCAAAGGCGCAGUGUACAUGAGGUGUUCAUGCACCCAUCCAAGCACUGGCUAAACAGACCUACUUCAUUUUAGCAAAGUGGUGGCCUCUGUAUUCAACAGGGCUUCUUCCCAGGUAACUGUACAUGGAAGUUACAGCCUUAAUCUGUUAACAAACAUCAGUAUCCUGUGGUACAUUACCUGUCUCCCCCUAAAUACAUAGCUGCAUUGGAGUGCCAGCUGUGCUGGUCGGCAUCCCUCACACUGACUUAGAAUUUUCAGUAAUAGAUCUGACAUCUACCUACCAGUUAAUUAUCUGUAAUUUAUGGGAAGUUUGUUAAAAAAAGGUGGUGGGCAUUACAAUACAGUGUAGAGGCCACCACUCUGAAAGCACUGCUUUGCUCCAAGCAUCUUGAAGGAAAGGAUUUUAAGCAGGCCUCUACCUGAAGACCCUUAAAAGUGUAAGUGUUCCUAUGUAGGUGAGCAAGGCCUGGCUCAGUUCAGACUCUGGGCCUUAAUAAAUCAAAAUGAACAGUGAGCUAAUAGCCCAUUCUGUUUGUGGAGAGUUGACUUUUUAUGUUCCUACCUAUUUGUGGGCAAAACCAGAGGUGCCCCAAAGCCAUUUUCCAUACUGCCUACAUUUCUAGUAUGCAGCCAAUGUCAAAAGGUGAAGAAAGCAGCAAAGUGUUACUACCAAACUCUUAAAAUGUAGUCUGGUUGUUGUAAUUUACAGCUUUCUGUCUUGGGCUUCAGAGUUACCUAUCACAUCUUGAUAUAUAUGCUUGUUUCGGGACCUCUUCUUCCAAACACAGGUAUACUUUGGACCACAAUUUAAAGUUUACAGCAUGAAGUAUGCUUUCUCAUAUCAAUCACUUCCUGAAUUUGGCCAUCAGGCAUCAUCAAGAUUCGUUAGGCAUCUAAUGCUUUGUUCUGUACAUAGGGAUGGGCAAAUCCGGCCAUUUCGCUUCCCUAUUUCCCCCCAAAAUUAAGUUAUUCAUAUUUCUGUAGCAGUUUGCAAUUUAAAAAAACCCAUGAAGGCUAGAAACUUGAGGUAAAACAAACCUCAGAGUUUAAGCAGCCACAUGAUAUGUAAGGCAUAUGGACAUAAUUUGACAAAACUCGCACUGUAAGUUCCCUGUUGGCCUAUGUCUGCUUUCAGUGUGGGCAAUAUGCCAUAUAUAAUAAUCUGCUCCACCGCACUAUAAAUGAGAUGGGCCACAGAAGCUCCCUUGACCUCAAACUUUUGGGCCUCAACUUAAGCUUGAUACCCUAUAUUUAAAAAUCCUGACUACAGAGAGACAAACAUCAGUCUGCAGCCUAUAGUAAUCAACCUAUGUUUUUCAGCAGAAAGAAACACAUCAACAUUGAACAACUGGCUUUUUGUCAAGGAACGAGCCGCAGUAGAAAGAAAAGCAGACCUUCUUUCGGAGAGCUUUGCAAGUCCAACGUGAUGGAAGGCGAGGCAGCAGGGGGUUUGAUGCCAGCCGGCAAGAAAGCAGCCAGCAAACCGAUGCGGAUAGCCCUUGGCGUGUUCGUGACCAGCACAGUCGCGCUUGGCACUGCGCUUUUCCUGGUGUUUGGUCCUUUGGAUCUCAGCCGCUUCCUGCAUGCUUCCUCCUUUGGCCUUUCCAGCACCAGAGCUCCAAUGUCGGUUGGAUCAGAGCUUCAGGGGAACCAGGGGCUUUGGCGAGUUAGCCAAGAUCUUAUAAAAUUUCGUCCUAAGCAACAAUACUGCUUGACUUCCGAAUGCAUCGAAGCUGCUGCUGCAAUCAGAAGCAAAUUAAAUACAUCUGUGGAUCCCUGUGAUGAUUUCUUUCGGUUUGCCUGUGAAGGGUGGAUACAGAAUAACCCAAUUCCUGAAGAUUCAUCAAAUUAUGGAAUCUAUCCAUGGCUGAGGCACAAUGUGGACCUCAAGUUGAAAGCUCUCCUUGAGAAACCUCUUAGCAAAAGGCGAGACAGUGAAGCUGUACAGAAGGCUAAGAUUCUUUAUUCUUCGUGUAUGAAUGAGAAUAAGAUAGAGAAAGCUGAUGCAAAGCCUCUUUUGAGCAUGCUGAAACAUUCUCCGUUCCGCUGGCCUGUCCUGGAAUCGAACAUUGGGCCUGAUGGAUUGUGGUCAGAAAGGAAGUUCAGCAUGCUACAGACCCUGGCUACUCUUCGUGGCCAAUAUAGCAGUUCUGUUUUCAUCCGAAUGUAUGUGGCUUCUGAUGAUAAGAACUCUAAUGAGCACAUCAUAAAGCUAGACCAAGCAUCUCUGUCCCUGUCAGCACGAGAAGACUACCUGGAAAACACCACAGAAGCUAAAUCCUACAGAGAAGCCCUGUUCCAGUUCAUGGUGGAUACAGCAGUGCUUUUGGGUGCCAAUGCUUCACGUGCAGAGUUGGACAUGAAGUCUGUGUUGAAACUAGAAGUUAAAAUUGCUGAGAUAAUGAUUCCACAUGAGAAUCGAACCAAUGAAUCUAUGUACAACAAAAUGAACAUAUCGGAACUCAGCACCCUGAUCCCUCAGUUUGACUGGCUGGGAUAUAUCAAGAAGGUGAUCGACACCAAGCUUUAUCCUGAACUUAAGGACAUAGAUGCUUCAGAAAAUGUCGUUGUUCGUGUGCCCCAGUACUUCAAGGAUUUGUUCAGGAUACUAGAAAGUGAAAGAAAAAAGACUAUUGCCAAUUACCUGGUAUGGAGAAUGGUUUAUUCGAGAAUAUUUAACCUCAGCCGGCGCUUUCAGUAUAGGUGGUUGGAGUUUUCAAGGGUAAUCCAGGGGACAACCUCCUUACUGCCUCAGUGGGAUAAAUGUGUAAACUUCGUAGAAAGUGCUCUCCCUUAUGUUGCUGGAAGAAUGUUUGUAGAUCUGCACUUCCAAGAAGACAAGAGGGAUAUGAUGGCAGAAUUGACUGAAGGGAUUCGUUGGGCCUUUAUGGACAUGCUGGAGAAUGAAAACACCUGGAUGGAUUUGGGAACAAAGAGAAAAGCGAUUGAAAAGGCGAAAGCAGUUUUGGCUAAAGUGGGUUACCCCGAGUUUAUAAUGAAUGAUACAUAUCUUUCUGAAGGCAUCAAAACAAUGAAGUUUUUAGAAACGGACUAUUUUGGCAACGUGCUUCAGACCCGCAAGCAGGCAGCGCAGUCCGAUUUCUACUGGCUGAGAAAAGAGGUUCCAAAAACAGAGUGGUUCACAAGUCCAACUACCGUCAAUGCCUUUUACAGUUCAUCGACAAAUCAGAUCAGAUUCCCAGCAGGAGAGCUCCAGAAGCCAUUCUUUUGGGGAAAAGAAUAUCCCAGGUCUUUAAGCUACGGUGCCAUUGGAGUAAUUGUUGGGCAUGAGUUUACCCAUGGAUUUGAUAAUAACGGCCGCAAAUAUGACAAAAAUGGAAAUUUGGAUCCCUGGUGGUCUUUGGACUCUGAAGAGCAAUUUAAAGAGAAAACAAAAUGUAUGGUCAACCAGUACAACAACUAUUAUUGGAAGAAAGCAGGCUUGAAUGUCAAAGGAAAGAGGACUUUGGCAGAAAACAUUGCAGAUAAUGGAGGUUUGCGAGAGGCUUUCAGGGCCUAUCGGAAGUGGAUCAAAGAAAAGAGACAAGGAGAGGAAGAGGCCCUAUUACCAGGCAUUGACUUCACCCACAAUCAGCUCUUCUUUCUAAGUUAUGCUCAUGUGAGAUGCAAUGCCUUUAGACCAGAAGGUGCAAGAGAGCAAAUCUACACUGGAGCCCACAGCCCUCCUCAGUUCAGAGUUAUCGGUGCUGUGAGUAAUUUCGAGGAGUUCCAGAAAGCUUUCAACUGCCCAGAAUCAACAACAAUGAAUCGAGGUGGAGACUCCUGUCGGGUUUGGUAGCGAUCUCUCCAAUGUCCUAUGCUGAAGAAGUCACCUGCUGGAAUCACUCCCUUACUGGGACAGUUCCAAACUGUUAAUGAGCUACCGCUGCUUCAGAACAGCCUUGGCCAAGCAGGGACCAGAUUUGUUGUUUUGUGUGCCCUGAUAUCUGUGGGUGACCUGCCAAGAUCUACUAUUUAAUUGCUUGUUCAGGAUAUAGAAACUAUUCAAAAUAUAGAGUAUAAAAAAGGGCAGAUCUUUUCAGAGAAAUGUAUGCAGAUGGAUAGUUUCUUAUGGGUUAUUUUCAUAAAUACAUUCUACUCUGUGAUUUAAGCAGGUUUAUCUCUAUGUAUCUUUAUUCCGAAGCUUGUCCCACUAUAUUCAUUGGGCUUUACUCACAUGUAAGUGUAGUGAUAUUGCAGGCUUAACAAGGUUUAAAUGGCACACUUGCGCUUUACAGAAGACCAUAGUGGACAAACUUGGUGUGGUGGCCAUGAUGCUGUUUAAAGUGGAGGGAAAACAUCCAAAACUUCCUGUCACAUAUAUUUUCUAUUAUUUCCCCCCCUUGAUCAAAAAUAGCUUUGAAGGAAGAGAAGAUUAAAAUGUGGUUGCUUUAUCCUUUCCUACUCUGCUGUUUUUCCUGUUCAAAAUGCCACUCACCCUCUGAGCUGUUUCUUCCCUGGUGAUAAAAGAUGCACGUGCUGAUCUGGUCUGGACUUCAGGUAUGGCCUUCCUGUGUUUCUUCCUUCCUGGAAUGCAGAUGUGCAUAUUGUAUGCUAGCACUAUUUCCACAUUCCUCUAGGCAGAAGAAUGUGGAACAGUAUCUGUGUAAGGGUACAUAAAUCUUAAUUCUAAGUCUGAGGCAAAAACGGUUACUAAGGCCGGAAAGGAAAGAGGAAUUCUUUCUUGUUCGCUUCGCUAAUUUCAAUUCUUACCCCUCCCACCUCAUAACUUUCAGCCAUCCCCUCUGCUCAAACUUUGGCUGAUAAUGUCUUACUGCAUAUAGGAACUAGGACCAAAGCAAAAGCAGAUUACUCUCUUCAGCAGGGAACCGCUGCUAUAACAGCAGAAAGCAAAUAUCUGACUCCACAUUCUGAUCUUUCCUGUAACCAUGCUGUUUCUGCCCAUUGGUUGUAGAUCCUGGAUGUUAAACUCAUUAAGUAAAAGAACUGUGAAAUGUAUAGUUCAGAUUCAGGAAUGCACCCACUCCCUGCACCCUAGAGACCAGCAUCUCUUUAGGGGUUUGGUUAGGCACAUAUAAAACCUUCAGUACAUAUAUAUAGUCAGGGCUGGAUGUAGACAAAGUUAGUUGCGCUUAAGUUUCCACUGAAAUCAAUGGGAUUAAGUCACAAAUAACUUGUCCCAUUGAUUUCAAAUAGGAGCUAUGGGUUAGGCUGCAAUCCUAACCCCACUUAUAUGACAGUAAGCCCCAUUGAAUUCAAUAACAGGACUUACCUCUGAGUAAACAUAAUUAGGCUUGCCUUUACAUAUACUCAGACUAUUGUAGGUGCACUGUGAAAGGAGCAGCAUUCCUGCUGCUGAAGGCAAUGUAAAGGAUUAAAGAGUUGUAGCCGGCUUCUCAUUUUUCCUGCCAUUUUCGUCGUUGUUACAUAACUACUUCAGGAAUAAAUAGUACAGGAUUAAAACAUAUGUGUUCUGAAUGAUUGUUGUAUACAAAAAUUUUUUUGCGCAUUUAUUUUUAAGGGAAUGGAAAUGAUUGCUAAUUUGUUGAAGUAGAGGGAUUUUGUAAACUAUAUAAUAUAAUAAAAGCUUUCCAGAA